CUGGGAGGAGAGUUUGCUCGGCCGCGGCUGGGGUGGCUCCGAGGGAUCGCGCAGCUGGCGGGCUGGGGAGCAAAGGGACCAGCCCGGAGGAGCAGCGGAGCAACGUGGAUCCUGCCCUGCAGGCGAUGCCCGCCUGGCCGGACCAUGUAACCGGCUGACAGCCGCUUGCGGAGGCGCCGUCGGGGCAAAGCCGUCGGGAGCAAACCCCCUUUUGGGGAUCGGAGAAGGCGCCCCGUUUGUGUCUUUGCCCGGGCUGGCUGCCAUGGGGCUGCCGACUCUGGAGUUCAGCGAUUCCUACUUGGACAGUCCGGAUUUCAGGGAGAGGCUGAAAUGCCACGAAGUGGAGUUGGAGAGGACCAACAAGUUCAUCAAGGAGCUCAUCAAGGACGGCAGCCUGCUGAUCGGCGCCCUCCGGAAUCUAUCAAUGGCUGUACAAAAAUUUUCACAGUCGCUUCAGGAUUUUCAGUUUGAGUGCAUUGGAGAUGCUGAAACAGAUGAUGAAAUUAGCAUUGCCCAGUCAUUGAAGGAAUUUGCUCGGUUAUUGAUUGCAGUGGAAGAGGAGAGAAGACGUUUGAUCCAGAAUGCCAACGAUGUUUUAAUUGCACCACUGGAGAAGUUUCGUAAGGAACAGAUAGGGGCAGCGAAAGAAGGAAAGAAGAAGUUUGACAAAGAAAGUGAAAAAUACUAUUCUACUCUAGAGAAGCACUUAAAUUUGUCGGCAAAGAAGAAAGAGUCACACCUGCAAGAUGCAGACUCCCAGAUUGACCGAGAACAUCAGAAUUUUUAUGAAGCAUCUUUAGAAUAUGUCUUUAAAAUCCAAGAAGUUCAAGAGAGAAAAAAGUUUGAAUUCGUAGAGCCGCUGUUGGCAUUUCUUCAGGGAUUAUUUACUUUUUACCAUGAGGGAUAUGAGCUGGCACAGGAGUUCGCGCCAUACAAGCAGCAGCUACAAUUCAAUUUACAGAAUACACGGAAUAAUUUUGAAAGCACCAGGCAGGAAGUCGAACGACUGAUGCAGAGAAUGAAAUCAGCCAGCCAAGAUUACAGGCCGCCGAGCCAGUGGACAAUGGAAGGCUACCUCUACGUUCAAGAGAAACGACCUCUUGGAUUCACCUGGAUAAAACAUUACUGCACUUACGACAAAGGGACAAAAGCAUUCACAAUGAGUAUUUCUGAAGCAAAGUCUGGGGGGAAAGUAAAUGGUCUUGUCCCAAGUACGCCAGAAAUGUUCAAGUUAAAAUCUUGCAUCCGGAGGAAGACAGAUUCAAUUGACAAACGGUUCUGUUUUGAUAUUGAAGUCGUGGAAAGACAUGGGAUUAUUACACUCCAGGCUUUUUCUGAAUCCAACAGGAAGCUCUGGCUGGAAGCUAUGGAUGGGAAAGAACCAAUUUAUACUUUGCCAGCUAUUAUUAGUAAGAAAGAAGAAAUGUUCCUAAAUGAAGCUGGUUUUAACUUCGUUAGAAAGUGCAUUCAUGCUGUGGAAACGAGAGGGAUAACAAUCUUGGGGCUGUACAGAAUAGGUGGCGUGAAUUCCAAAGUUCAGAAGCUGAUGAAUACCAUAUUUUCUGCUAAAUCUCCUCCUGACAUAGACAUUGAUUUGGAAGUUUGGGACAAUAAAACUAUAACCAGUGGGCUAAAGAACUACCUCAGGUGUCUUUCAGAGCCGCUAAUGACCUACAAGUUGCACAAGGAUUUCAUUGUUGCAGUCAAGUCCGAUGACCAAAAUUACCGAGUGGAAGCAGUGCAUGCACUCGUUCACAAACUGCCGGAGAAAAACCGAGAGAUGCUGGACAUCCUCAGCAAGCACUUGGUCAAAGUAUCAUUACACAGUCAGCAAAACCUCAUGACUGUUUCCAACCUCGGCGUUAUAUUUGGCCCCACGCUGAUGAGAGCCCAAGAGGAGACAGUGGCUGCUAUGAUGAAUAUCAAGUUUCAGAAUAUUGUGGUUGAAAUUCUCAUUGAGCAUUAUGAGAAGAUAUUUCACACAGCCCCAGAUCCCAACAUCCCUCUUCCUCAGCCUCAGUCUCGAUCGGGAUCAAGGAGGACAAGAGCUAUCUGCCUCUCCACAGGCCCUCGUAAGCCCAGAGGACGAUACACCCCAUGCCUUGCGGACCCAGACAGUGACUCAUACAGCAGUAGUCCAGACAGCACUCCCAUGGGCAGCAUUGAAUCACUCUCUUCUCACUCAUCAGAACAAAACAACACGACCAAAUCCACGUCUUCCCAACCCAGGGAGAAAGCAGGAGGAGUUCCAUGGAUUGCCUCAUCCCCUUCUUCCAAUGGCCAGAAGAAUUCGGGCCUUUGGACUACCAGUCCCGAAUCCUCCUCAAAGGAGGAUGCAGCAAAAACGGACAUAGAGUCUGACUGUCAGAGCAUUGCCUCCAUCACUGGUUCAGAGAAUGCACCUCCACCAACAGAUUUGACCAAAAAAGGACUAUAUAGUCUCUCUGGGCUGAAAAGGUCAACAGCUUCGUCGGUCAGGUCUAUCCCUUCCGCAGAAGGUAAUAAAAGCUGCAGCGGUUCAGUACAGAGUUUAGCUUCUCUAGAUGGCCGAGAAACCCCAAAGGCUCCAGCAAACCCAGACCUGCCACCCAAGAUGUGCCGAAGACUGCGAUUAGAUACGACAUCAAGUAAUGGCUACCAGAGGCCAGGGUCUGUGGUGGCAGCAAAGGCCCAGCUGUUUGAAAGCGGUGGCUCACUGAAGCAGACAUCCUCAGGAAGGCAAGCCAAGGCAAUGUAUUCCUGCAAAGCUGAGCAUAGUCACGAACUCUCUUUCCCUCAGGGGGCAAUAUUUUCUAAUGUAUAUCCAUCUGUGGAACCAGGAUGGUUAAAAGCGACCUAUGAAGGCAAAACGGGACUCGUUCCAGAAAAUUACGUUGUCUUUCUCUAGUAAUAGUUAGCAGACAGCAGUAUCUUCAUGGUAUCCAUGGUAACAAGCAAUAAGCACUAUGAUUUUUUUCUGUCUGACACAGACACGGGGAUCUGCCAGGCCCUGUGUGUGGUUGAUCUCCAAAGACUUCUGCAGCAGCAGAUCAUGUAGCUCCUUACAAGCGGAACAGAAUCCAAGGAAAAUAAUUAACAGGGUGUUUUGCUUUGUUCCUAAUUUUUCCACUUUUUAAAAACACGGUACUUUUUUAGGCUUCUCCAUUGGUAUAACCAGAAGUUUGUUUUGUUUUUGAAGAAGACAACAAAUCAGCUAGAGAUCCAAAGUUAAAGACUGCUGUUUGGGAGAUAUGGCUUUUUGAGCAAUCAAUUCUCACUCGGUCCAAGCCAUUUCAAGGAUUUACUAUGAAAAUAUUUGCAUAAACUUUUGAUAAAUGUCCAUAGUGGUCACAAUUCACAAAGACAACAAAUGUCAUUUGUUGGACUGCGCAUUCCUACAACUGAACACCAGCUAAUCAAAAUGUGAUGUUCUUACUGUUUUUAAAGGAAAUUUUUAAAGUGGAAAUGAUAUACAUGGAAGUAUUUUUCCCCUUUCUUUACUAGUGUGUGUUUUAUCAAUAUAAUUAUUAAUAAAUUAUAUUUAUAGACUCUGUCUGCCCUGAAACAGUGUAUACUCCAACAUCAGAGGAUCAACCUUAUUAAUAAAAGUGUUUGGGUUUUUAAAAUUCAUUUUGCUCUUGGAUCCUUUGAAAUGGAUCAAAGCAGGACACCCACUGAAUAAACAAGCAACCAACCAUAAGAACAUUGCCCUGAAAUUCAAAUGAUCUCAAAGCGAAAGAGGCAAGAACUGAGAAUUAAAAUCCAACAUAAUUUCUACAGUUGGUUUGGUGCACGAAAUCUCUUAGCAUUGUUUGUAUUUUUCUCUUGCAAAUGAGACAGAUGCCUUGCAAGGUGUGCAUUUUAUAUAUUCUGAAAGCUCUAUUCCUUACAGCCAUGUCAUCCACUUGGAGUUUGAACCUUUGCUUUCUUUGCUAUUGAAACAUUGUCUGCUGAAUUCAAAGCAGAAGUUUCUAUGGUCGAUUAUGAGCAGGAGAAUUUAAGUACUCUUUCUUUCUUCAGGGAAAGCUGAGAGCAAGAGCAGGAGGCAUGCGCCACUCCUGCUCCUCACAUGUGGCAACUUCCUUCUAUAUCAGUACAAGGAAGUUUGCCAUGCUGGGGCUCAGUUACCAGUGCACUGUAAUCAGCCUCAGCAUAAUUGGCCUAAGGAGGCUUUUUUGCAGUGUCAGGGCCCAACUAGGUCAUUUCCGCAAAGCACCAAUUCCUUAUAAUCCUGGUCUGUUUAAUCCUGGUUUUUCCAUUUGUAAGGCUGCCCGUUUUGCAAAGGAAUCCCGUGAAGACUGGGAGGAAAUACUCCAAUUUCUUUCGUAUGAGUCUGUGACUUCUGUAUUUACAUUGCAAGUAUAUCUGAGCAUGCCUGGUGUCCCACGUUCUGAUUGGCUGUUGUUUUUGAGUGGAAUCUUGAAUGUACAUCAUGCAGGGAGAUCAGGAAGCUGGGAGGGGGGGAAAUUGUUCUGCUCCUGAUUGGUGUUCGCACAGUUGCAGGCUCUAGCAGACUCACCCUGGGAUUUUUGAAAAGAACUACCAAUUUGGUGGGUUUUGAAUACCCUGGGAUGAGGGAAAUAUCAGGGGGCAAACUCACUUUAGGACCGGGAACCGUGCGAACAUCUCAGCUGCACAGGGAUAUUUUUCUUGCUCAGCCCAAGAUAUUUUGACCGUGCAGAAACAACCCUAGAGGGGCAUCGAUUUUGUUCUUGUUUUGUUAAUCUUAAUGGAUAUGAGAAAUCCUAACUCAAAGGACAGAGGUUAUGAAUUCACACAACCAUGUUUGAAUCAGUGCAAUCCUAAAUUACACACUUCUUAGCUUAUUGACUUCAGUGGGCUUGGAAAAGUGGUAGCUGUCCUUAGGAUUGUAUUGUUCAUCUCUCGUGACUCAAGCUUGACUGAUGCACGCAGUAGAAUUAAGCGGUGAUAACAGGUUGCCCCAGACCUCAGCUGUAGCUGUACUACUUCAUGCUGCUUUUUUGGAAGACUUUCGUGAAAGUUCUUAUUUAUUUAUUUUUAAUUCAUGCUAGUAGAAACUAGGACAACUGGGCUUGAACAUGUCUAUACGAUGGGUUAAUUUUUUGUUCUUGCAGGGAGUUUUUCGCAGCCUCUCCCAAGGAAAUUCUUGAUCGAUUACCCUCUGCGUGUGGGGAGAGGAGUCAGGGCAGCGUGAGUGUGACAGACACACGGCGUUCGUGCUCUUCAAAAGCAGAAAGAUGUAUUGUGAUGUCUGAAUGUAGCCAUAGAGUUUCCUUCAUCACUGCAUAUAAAAAUAAAUAAAUCAAAACUUGUGGUA